AACGGCUGAUGUUUCUUAAUCAACUCUGCUUCUUCUUUAGUUCAACUCUCAAGGCUUUUGUGUUCGAUCCUUGGUUCUGCAUGCUUUGUGGCCUCUCAUCGACGACGGCAACAAACAAGUCCACUGUUAUCGACAGAAACUCUACUGAUCUAUAUGACAACCAUUACCACAAGAACUUGCUCAACCCAAAUUCUGUUCUCAAGCGAUGCAGCUCAAAGCACCACAAAAGGAUUCCCCCACUCAAUGGUAGCACAUAUUGGGCACCUACAAGAGCGCAUACGUUCGGUAGGUCAACAUGCGUAUUCUUCAGCGGGCGGCUAAGCAAUUUCAAUGGCACUGCAAGUCCCGACCCAACCCUUGACCCCACAUAUCGGGACGCACUCAUCAUCGCUUGUCCCACCGGCGACGGAAACAACCGUAUCGCACCUGACGUCGCCUCGCCGGACGAUUUCGACAACGCAUAUUACACCGAUUUGGUCGGCAAUCGAGGUCUUCUCCAAUCUGAUCAAGAGCUCUUCUCCACCGAAGGGGCCGAAACCAUCGCCGCCGUCAACCGUUUUGCCACCAAUCAGUCUGACUUCUUUGCUCAAUUCGCUUGA